AGCGACAGGAAGUUAGCGCUCCAAGCUAGCAGCAUUAACCGAUGAUCUGAAUGGAGAUGAUUAAACUUAUCGCUGCGCGUGUUCGAGUAUGUUAGAUGUUUCAGCUGCCUCCCACGCGCACAGCGGUCAUUUUCUUUAGUCCCCGGAGGCUCCGGUCAUGGCAGGAGAGGAGGAUUUAUCAGAGGACCUCCUAACACAGGAGGGGAAACUCGGUAAUGGCGACUUCACGCCACCAGAUGGGUUAUGCUGGGUGUCGGUUCUGUCCUGUUUACUGCUCGCCUGUUCUUAUGUGGGCAGUUUAUACGUGUGGAGGAGCGACCUGCCCAGGGAUCAUCCUGUUGUGAUAAAGCGGCGUUUCACCAGUGUCCUGAUUGUCUCUGGCUUGUCUCCUCUCUUUGUGUGGACUUGGAGGGAGUUCACCGGAGUCAGGACUAGCUCCUCAUUGCUGGCUCUGAUGGGGCUCCGAUUUGAAGGCAUCAUUCCAGCUGUAUUACUUCCUCUGCUGCUAACCAUGGUUCUCUUUCUGGGCCCCCUCACACAAGUGGCGAUGGACUGUCCCUGGACCUUCAUAGAUGGGGUUCGGGUGGCCCUCGAUCCGUGCUUCUGGAUGUUGUGUCUCAGUGACAUGCGCUGGUUGAGGAACCAAGUGGUGGCCCCGUUAACAGAGGAGCUGGUCUUCAGGGCCUGUAUGCUGCCCAUGUUGGUGCCGUGUGCAGGCCCCUUCACCGCCAUCUUCACCUGCCCUCUUUUCUUUGGAGUCGCUCACUUCCACCAUGUGAUUGAGCUGCUGAGGUUCAGACAGGGAACGCUUUCAGGAAUCUUCCUGUCUGCAGUGUUUCAGUUCUCCUACACUGCAGUGUUUGGAGCCUACACCGCCUUCAUCUUCAUCAGAACAGGUCACCUGAUUGGUCCGGUUCUCUGUCACUCCUUCUGUAACUACAUGGGUUUUCCUGCCAUCAGUUCAGCCUUGGACCACCCCCAGCGCCUCGCGGUUCUGUGUUCAUACCUGUUGGGGGUCCUACUCUUCCUCAUCUUCCUCUUCCCCUUCACAGACCCCUUCUACUAUGGCUCCCCCACCCCUGUCUGCUCCCUCACCUCAUCCCCCAGUUCUCUCUGCCUCUCCUGAUCCUCCCCCACCAUGUGUUUCCUCACUGGGCCAUGGAAGUUUACAUUCUGUUGGGUGGGGGUUAUUUAUUAGGUUGUUUUAUUUAAAUUAGAAGAUGGAGUUAAAGUUUUGACAACCAUCGGAUGGAGACAUCUGUGGUUUCUGGUCCACCUUCAGUCUGCUGGACUGUUACUGUAAACAAAGCUGGAUCCGUCCGGUCCCAGAAAAGCAGCAUUCAGAGGAUUCCUCCAUCACUGAUGGAGGAAUCCUCUGAAUGCUGCUGGACGUCAGUCUGAUCUGCUCCUUCACUGCUGCUCCUGUUCCUGCUCCUGAUCCUGGUCAUGUUUCUGGUCCUGGUGGUCUUCUGGUGGCCGUUUCAGUUCAAGCAUUUUUUGUUUUGUUUUGUUUGUUUGUUUGUUUUUUUUUGUUUGACAAAAUAUCAGAAUUAUGUGAGGAAACCAAGAUGGUGACUGUUAACCUCCACCUCCUCCUCCAACCUCCACUUUAUCCUUUAAACUCCACCUCCUCCAUCUUGUUUUAGUGUCUGGUUUUCUGGAUCAGACUAGUGCCCGAAAGUACCGGAUUUAAAUGUCAGAACUUGUUCUAGUGAAGUUCCGACUUUACCUCAUCGGUCUGGUAGGUGACGGGCUGGAACGGGUCAUUAACGUCGGUACAACCUCAUGUUCUGCUGUCAGGUAGCUGCGUGCUUUAAUGUUCUGGUUAACAUCCAGCAACGUUCCAGUGAAGGUUUAAAAUUUUUCAUUGCAUAUGGAGAACUUGGUUCAGAUCGUGGUUCUCUGUCCUGGAUGAUCUGGGUUUACUCUUAGGUCAAUUUCAGGCCUGAACCUGAACUCGUCCUGUUGGUCCGUCUGGUGCAUCAGGAACAUUUCUGUCACAUUUAAAGAGCUGCUGAUCAGCUCUUCAUGUCAGUGUUAAAGCUUUGAUAGUUCUGUGAAGAAAAUCAAACUGGACCAUCUCUCUGGGUUUACAUCAGGACAUCUAAUGGAAUUAACUCCAAACCAGGCCGAUGGGGAUGUUGUGCACCUUCAUGGAGGAUCCAGCAGAGUGUGUUGGAGGACUGAGGAUCAGGGUGUCACAGUUAGAGGAGCAGAACUGAGUGUAGAGCAGUUCUUCACCCCGAAACAGAGCCAUGGUUUUUGGUGAGGUCAUCAGAGAAGAGCAUGAGGACAUGUUUCUGUCACAUCUCCACAAACCCAGACACAUCAGGACCUUUGCAAGACGAUCACUUUUUUUUUCUGCUGUAAAAAGAAAAUCUCGGAUCCGUCAACUGGUAAUUAGAGGAACGAGGGUUAGACAAGCUGCAGCCGUUUUUUCCAGCUCAGUAUUUCAUACAGACACCAGGAGGCAGGAAAUGUUUCUACUGAGCUCUAUUUUCUAAUCAGAUCUAUUUUGGUGACAGAGUCUACAGAGAAGUGUUUGGAUUUUAUUCUCACUUUGGCCAUGUGCACAGUUUACGUUAGAGACUUCAUAGUUUUAGUUUGACAAUCUUUUAUGGAAAUUUAGAACCGCUGCAAAUACCGAUUUGUAAAUAAAGAAAGAUAUUU